AUGCCAUCUACUAACGCGUUGCAACUUGCAAAGCAGUCAUGGCUAACAACAGUCUUCUCAUGCACCAACACUACUCAAUUUGAGUGUCAAUUAUUCUUCUACAUUGCUCAAGAUAGCGUCAAUAGCAAUGAUCGGUCUGUAAAAGUCUCUAUUCGACUGUGCAAUCUUCCUGUUGUCAAAUUUGUUGAUGCAAUCAAUAUUACACCGGUUCGUGCAAGAUCGUCAAUUAACAUUAUGGAGGAAGAAUUGAAAGAUAAUCCAGCAGUUCUCCAAUGCAAUAAUUGCUUCAAUAUUGUCGGUGAUACUCUAUCUGCUGUCGAUUCUAACGACGACAUCGAAUUUAUUACUCUCGAUUCAGUCACCGAUGCUGUCGAUGUUGGCACCAAGUUAGUGACAUUAAAGAGAGGCUCUCGCAAAGGUUGCUCCUAUCAACGUUUAGCUUGCUAUCAUUGCAACACUGUUUUAGGUCGAAAAUAUCAAUCACCAUUUCAGUCAAAAUCGCCAAUUCAAUCAAGAUAUGCUUUCAAACUCAAUAAAUUGAAAAUUUAUCAUUUAGGCCAGUUUAUAUCCAAGCAAGAGACCGAUGUCACGGAUAAUAGUGUCUCUGCAGUCAGUACAGCCAGUGAUACCAACAUGGAAAAGAUCAGCUCCGAUCUAUUUAAGAUGAAACAUCUACUGCUUUUGCUAUCCCAACGUGUCGAUAGGCUAGAAGCAUCUGCUGGCAUACCAUAG